AUGGCCAAAAGGGUCGACGUGGCUAUCGUGGGAUCUGGUUCUGCUGGACUCUGCGCUGCUCUGUGGCUGUCAAGGUACAACAUUCGUUGCAAAAUUUUCGAGAAGCGCGAUGGACCUCUUAAGCUUGGACAUGCGGAUGGCGUGCAAUGUCGAACAGUGGAGAUCUUUGAGAGUUUUGACAUCCACUCCCAGUUGCUGGAUGAAUCGCAUCCUAUUGUCGAAGUCAUGUUCUGGGCUGCUGAAGACACCAAAUCCGGCAUACGUCGACAAGGUCGGACUGCAGACCCGCCACCAGGGCUGUCACAUCAGCCGCAUGUGGUCUUGAAACAAGCCAGGGUCAACGAACUGAUGAUUGAGGAGAUGGGAAAAAAAGGUCAAGGGGUGGACUACGACUCCAACGUCGUAGACGUCAUUUAUCACAAAAAUCGUGAUGAGUAUCCCAUCACGUGUAUUGUGGAACAGAAUGGCGUACAGGAGACCUUUGAAGCCAAAUAUUUGCUGGGUUGUGAUGGUGCUCACAGCACAACCCGGCACGCUUUGGAUAUCAAGAUGGAGGGAGAUAGCACUGAUGCUAUUUGGGGAGUUAUGGAUGUGACUGUGCAGACCGAUUUUCCUGAUAUCAGGAAGAAGUCGACUAUUCGUACCCCGGAAGGCAGCGUUCUGAUCAUCCCACGCGAGGAUCCUGGUCUUAUACGUUUCUAUGUGGAACUUCCGCACGGAACCAAUUCCAAAGAAGUCCGGCUAGAGACCAUCCAUGAGAUGGUACGCCGAAUCAUGCGCCCAUACUCCUUUGACUUUAGAGGAUGCUUAUCUUGGUCGGCAUAUUCUAUUGGGCAGCGAGUUGCUAGUUCACUGCAUCAGGACUAUCGCAUCUUCCUUACCGGAGAUGCUUGCCACACACACUCUCCCAAAGCAGGACAAGGUAUGAAUGUGAGCCUCCAGGACGGGUAUAACAUUGGAUGGAAACUAGGCAUGGUGCUCUCGGGAAGGGCAAAUCCGUCGCUCCUGAAGACUUAUGUGACUGAGCGUGAGAAGAUUGCUGAAGAUCUGAUCGACUUUGACCGCCGCUUUGCACGUAUCUUUGCAUCCGAUGUUGACCAACCGGCAACUCCAGAAGAAUUUGAAGAUGCAUUCGUUAAAUCCGGCAAAUUUACCACAGGUUUAGCUGCAACCUACGAAGAAUCGGCGAUCACUGCAAAGUCGUCCAAAUCGCAUUCGAAAACAAUUGAAAAUGGCAUGCGGUUCCCUACUUCUCAGGUAGUGAGAUACUGUGAUUCAAUACCAACGCAACUAUUGAAGGUAUUGCAAUCCGACGGAAGAUGGAGGAUUGUCGUGUUUGGGGGUCAAUUGGAGAACCUUGACAGAGUGAACAAGAUUGGGCACUUUUUCCUCUCGGCCAAAAGCCCUUUGAUGGCCUACAAGAGCAAGCACGAUUCCAUCGAUAGCUUGAUAGAAAUCUUGCUUGUUAUGAAGGGAGAUCGGUCGAAGAUUGAAUUCAAGGACUUUCAUCGUGCAUUCUGGCCGGAGACGGGAGAUCUGAACUUGAAUGAUUUGAACAAAAUUUACUUCGACGAUGAAAGCUAUCAUCAUGGUCACGGUCAUGCAUACGACGCGUAUGGCAUUGAUGCUAAAUCAGGCUGCAUCGUUGUAGUAAGGCCUGAUCAAUGUAAGUCUUCUUUCCACAGUACUCGAACAUUAUCUAAUUGA